AUGAGCGAAAGUCGUAGUGUCGAGGUUAUAUUUGAAAAAGAAGUGGAUUCUCCUGAAGAACCUCCCAUGGAGGAAUGGUCAUCAGUCAUCUUGCAAGUGCCAGAAGAAAACCUAAAAAGAAUCAAUUAUGGAAAAGGCCUUUAUGAUCCUGGCAGUGGAGAAAUAUGCGCAAAAUAUUUACCUAUGUCUGCAAGUUCGGUAUUGAGACUUCCAUACUUUACCUACCCAGCAGUUAUUGAUCCAGGUAUUCAUGAAGCUCUUCUUAAUCCUGAACCAGCUAAUAUUUAUCCUAACGAUGGCCAGGAACUUUACUUGACAUUAUGUAAAGAGGCUGGGCUAUGUCCAAUUGCUAGUUUUUAUCGACAGUUACUACAAAAUAAGAUAAAUUUGCGAUAUUAUGGGGUACAUCCUAUGGCAUUUAAAGUUAUCUCAAUGGCAUUAAAAUUGAACAAAUUCGUAACGAUUUUGGAUCUUACAGACAACUGGAUCAAUGAAGACGGAUGUUUCUACUUAGGUGAAAUGUUAGCGAAAAAUAAUACACUAAAAGUUUUAGUUUUGCAUGGUUGUAGAAUUAGGUCGGAAGGGGCUAGACGUUUGUUUGUAAAUUUGCCCCAAAACAGUGUACUUCGUGAACUGAAUCUUUGUAAGAAUCAAUUAAAUGAUAAGGGAGUUGAGUAUUUAGCUAAUGCUAUAGGUCUUAGUGCAAACAUUUCUAAUUUAGAUUUAAGUUACAACAGUUUAACUGAAGACUCGGUAAAUUUUCUUGUAGAUGCUUUCGAAAAGAACAAUAAACUAACACACCUUAACCUAUCAUGGAAUAUGAUUCGAUCUCCUAAUACUAUUUUUUCUUUGUGCUCUAAACUAGCAGAAAAUAAGUCUUUUCUGGACUUAAACCUAUCUUGGAACUCAUUGAGUGACUUUCGUGUAGGAAAAUCGAUUAACCUCUUACUUAGAAAUAAAAACUUUUCUUAUCUUAACUUAAGCAAUAAUAGACUUUAUGGCCAAGCGAUAAGUUCUAUAGCAGCGGGCUUAGGAAAGGGAGGAAAUCUUGUUUUAUUGGAUUUAUCGUCAAAUCCACUAUCGCCUCAAGAUGCUUACAAAUUAUUAUUACCUAUGACGAUAUCUUCUGUUAAAUUACAGAAACUUCUUCUUGAUAACGUUUAUGUUACAUCAGAUUUUAUAAAACUACCAAAUGAAAUACUAUCAAUGAAAUUUAGAGAAAACGUACAAAUUAUAUAUGGCGGAGUUUAUGCAGAAGCUGUUCAUAAGAGCGUUCAUUUAAAAGAUUUAGUGCUGAAUAAAAUAGAUUACCUUUCCAAGAAAUCUAAAAAGCAGUCAGCAGAUAUUGCACUUAUAGUAAUGGAACUAUAUAAAGCUGACAAAGAGCCAAUGGAUUCAAAAUCAUUUAUAAGAGCAUUGAAAGACCGAGGUCUUCCAUUAGAAGAAGAGUUAGCAGACCAAUUAACAUGUUUAUUUGCCGGUCCUGCAAAACCUAAGUCGGCUACUGUAAAUUUGGCAACGAUGGUAGAAUAUUUCAAGCGCAAAUGGCCUGAAAGACAACUUCCGCCAACACCGCCACCUGAACCUAUGCCUGCUCCAGUCAUUAUAAAGAAAUAA